AGCAUCACGCUGGGCCCUUUGCAUUCUUUAAGAGUAUAGGGAAAUUCAGAGGAGGGUAUGUACUUAGUCUAUGUCUCUGCAGUAGGCGAGCUGGUGAAAAUGUCGUCGGAGAUAGAGGGAGUGGUCGCUAAGUACCCUGAUCUAUUUGAAGAGCCGAAAGGGGUUGUUGAGAGGGAGGUCGUCCACGUGAUAGAGAUUAUGCCAGGGUCUAGCAUUCUGAAGGGUAGGAUCUAUCGGAUGUCUCCAGGCGAGCUCGAUGAGCUUCACCGACAGCUCAAGGAACUCAUCGAGAAGGGUUGGAUCCGGCCUAGUGUCUCUCUUUACGGGUCUCCAGUUUUAUUUGUACCGAAGAAGGGGGGAACCUUGAGGAUGUGCAUCGACUAUAGGGGCCUCAAUGCCAUUACUGUGAAGAACGCAGAGCCCCUACUGCGCAUCGAUGACUUGUUGGACCGAGUGCAAGGGUGUUGGUACUUCAGUAAGAUAGAUCUGAAAUUCGGGUACCAUCAGAUUGCAAUCUGUCCCGAGGAUCAACACAAAACCACUUUUCAGACCAGGUACGGUUUGUACAAGUUUAUGGUGAUGCCUUUCGACCUUUGCAAUGCUCUUGGCACCUUUCAGCACGCCAUGAACCGGAUCUUUCAUGACCACUUGGAUAAGUUUGUCACCAUGUACCUCGAUGACAUACUUAUUUUCAGUAGGACUGUCGAGGAGCACGUUGGCCAUUUAGACAAAGUCCUUAGCCUCCUUCGACAGCACCAGUUCAAGAUCAACGGGGAGAAGUGUGAGUUUGGCCGCACCCGGAUCUUGUACUUGGGUCAUGAGAUUUCCGCGGAGGGAUUGAAGCCCGAUGACGCGAAGGUGGCCAACAUUCGUGACUGGCCGCGUCCUCGGUCUGUGACUGAGAUGAGGUCCUUCUUGGGGAUGACCGGCUACUACCGUAAUUUUGUCAAGAACUAUAGCAUAGUGGUCGCCCCGUUGACGGACCUGACACGGCUUGACACCCCUUGGGAGUGGACAGACAGUGAUUUGUGGAAGGCUGCAGCUGCGGAACAGAGAACACAGCUGCAGAUGACUUCUGGCAACCACCCAGAGGCAAAUGGCCAAGCAGAGCAGCUGAACCGCGUUGUACAACACCUGUUGCGGCACUACAUUAAGCCCAAUCAGGUGGACUGGAAUGAGAAACUUGCUCUCAUCGGCGGCCUGUACAACAACGCUGUGCACAGCGCCACUGGGGUAAGCCCUAACAGUCUGCUACUGACUUUCAAGCCUAGACUGCCCCUAGACUUUCUACUACCUGACAACCAGCCAACUGCACCGGGUACACUUGAAUUUGCCUAUCGUUAUGAACAACUGAUGCAGCAGGCAGUAGAACAGAUGCAUAAGGCACAGGCGGCAAUGAUAGAGUCUGAGAACAAACAUCGUCGCCCUUCUACAUUUCAGGUAGGGGACAGAGUCUGGGUAAAGUCCUCAGAAUUGGGACAGGAGCAUGGGAUCUCCCGCAAGCUCAUGCCACAGUACUUUGGACCAUGGGAGGUUCUGGAUGUUGUUGGGGGAGAUCCGGAUGGGCCAUCUUAUGUAAUCCGGAUCCCUGGUCAUCUUCGCACUUACCCUAUCUUUCACGCCUUCAAACUUGCACCUUUCGAGGAAACUGAUCAGUUUCCCUCUCGUCGCUCAAUGCUGGCCCCAACCAUGGAUGGAGAGGUGGACAUCGAUGACAUCGUGGACCACAGGGAAAUGCCAGUUCCAAGACCAACAGGCAGGGGACGUCCUCUUAAGCCGAAGCUGCAGUAUCGCGUUCGGUUCAGACAUCACACUGAUCCUAAGGAGGACAGAUGGUUUACCAGGGAGGAACUAAUGCAAACUGCUCGACAGGCUGUCGCACACUACGAGAAGUCACUGCAGAAAGGAAAGCGCCAGAUUGUAGUAAUGGGACUUCUCAGAGGACUGUCGAAGUUUGGAGGAGGGAAUGCGAGGCUCAAGGCAUCGAUACGCCCUACUGGGCCCUAUUUUCAGUACAGUCGGCCGCCCUAAGUGAAGGCAGGCUCGACCAAGGCCUACAGGCCCAUUUUUGGGGUCAGCACGCAACUGGGGAAUUU